UAUUUAUUUUUUUUUUUUAGUUUGAUGAUGAAUGUCAAACACUACAACAACCCCCGCGAAAUUAUUAUUAUUAUUUAUUUUUAGAUUUAACAGCUUAACAGGCGUUUUUGUUUCAGUCAUUUAUAGAUUGGAUAGGGUUUGAGGCUGUUGCUUUGUUUGUUUAUUUGUAGAUAUGACUGGUCUAAAGUUUUGUUUUUGUUUUAUUCAUAUAGAUUUGACAGGUUGACCGGUUUUGUUGAUGUUGAUUUUCUUUGAAUGCAAAGUAUGUAGAGUCGGCCGUUUUGUUGUUGUUGUUUUGCAUUUAUUAAUUUAUAGAUUUAAAAGGUUACGUGUUCGAUGCGCUCUUGCAUAAUAAUAAUUAUUUUAUUUUUUGACAAGUUGACAGUAUGAGCCAAGUCUGAGGAGACUCGAGUGAGUGGAACCGGUUUCUCUUCCUCUGUCGCUGGUGCGUCCGGCUGCGGGGGGGAGGUUGCGAAACAUCAGGGAGUCUCGGAAAGUUUUCACACCCCCGGAAAAUGCAUCGUGGAGAAGGAGGCGGUGGCGUGAGAGCGGCGAGGAGGGAAACCCGUGACUUCCUUGAUUUUUCCUCUUGAGUGUGAAACCGAACUCUCACUAUAACACUAUAAAAGGGCCGGCUCGACGACACUCCGUUCAAUCUCCUGGACCGGACCGGACCGUGGUGCAGAGAGCCACCAUCCUGUGGAGGUUACCCGCUGAACAAUUCGCCGUCUCGUGCCCUCAGCCGUCCCCAUGUGCGCAUUGUUGGGACCUAAAGACAUGGACAUUGAGUGUCAGGAGAAGAAAGGCCGCGAGCGUGUGCGGUGUCUGGAUGUGUGCAUGGUGGUUUCCAUCCUGGUCCUGUUUGCAGCGCUCACUGUUGUGGCUGCAGCGUGUGUGUCGGCUCUGAUGAAGCUGAGCUCCCAAGUGGACUCGCCGCUGGAGCCGUUUCAAUUUGCAACGGCAGAACUAAGAGGACUCUCACCGAGUCCGGCAUACAAGAUGCAGAACUUUGCUUUCUUGGAGGCAGUCUCAAGCAAGUUGGGGAACUCAACCGUUCAGUGGGAUCCAGUCCACUACAGUGCCGGGGAGUCUGUUGGAAGCAACUUCCAGUUUGACUCAAAGCAACACUCGCUGCAGCCCAGACGUGCGGGGACUUACUUCAUAUACCUGAAUCUCAACCUGACCUGCACGUACAGGUGCAGUGCUGGCCUCCUGAGUGUCCGUGUGGGGGACAAGCUGAGCUGCCAAGUUCACCUUCUCGCGGAGUCCGAACAAGAGAGCAAGAGGUGCUGGGCAGUAGGCUGGUUGGACACCAACACGAGGCUGCUCACCCACAUGAGCGUGCCAAAGGAGGGGCUGCAGAACUGGAAGCUGGAGCUCAACGGUUCUAACUUGGGCAUGUUCCUCGUGGACUAACGUCUGAAAUCAGAACUGCUUGCAUGUGACCUGCAAGUAACCCAACUAAAGAAUGUAACAGGAGCACAGCAUGAGAGACUCCGCGGACCUCUCCUGAAAAAGGAUGCAAAAGAAGAGACGUUGCAAUCAAGGAGGAGAUAUGGACUAGACACUGAUUAUCUUAUUGACUUUUUGUAAUGAUGUGCAUAUUUAUUUAACAACAUGGGACUACUUAUGUUGCAGGUUGCUAUAUGUCAAAUAUGAUGUUAUUGUAGGUCGAUAACACUACAUGAGUGUUAAUGUGCAAUGCUCUUCAAGUUUUUAUUUGAGUUGCUGGUUCUCUUUUGAUUUUAUAGAUGGCUACAAGGUUCUCAUCUGGAUUCACUUCAUAGCAUGUUGGAUAAUAAGCAGCAAUGUGAUCACAGUCAGUGUAAGGUCACAGACUCACAACAUUGCAACACUGACAGUAAAUCACUGUCAGUGUAUAAUAAUGAUUUGAUUGAAUUUUCCAUGCAAUAGUUUGCUAGUUAACAUACAAAUCUGAAGUUAAUCUAACAAUGCCAGUAAAUGAACAGGUUGAUGAGGAAAUAUAACAUAUUUAAUUUCAAGUGUAAAAUGCGGUGAUGUAGCUAUAGAUUUGGGAACCUUUAAAAUAAAGUGGAACCAAAAGAUCAGAUGUAUUGUAUGAUGUUCAAAAUUUGGACUUGCAAAAUGUGAUGAAACAAUGUUAAAUCCAAUGGACAAACUGCAUAGUGGUGAUUGUAUCCAUAUUAACAUGGAAAUAAACCUAUGAGUUACAUGCGUGCGCGCAUGCAUGAAAAGGAGAAAAUGACGUAUGUGACAGUGAUUGUGGCAAUGUACAAGUGGAAUAUUUGAAAAGUGUCUCGCGAAGGGGAAAGUUCCCUGUUGUUGCAUGUAGCGGGAAGUAACAAUGCAUCACUUCCUGUUUAUUUAUUUUUCAAGUGCCAAAAACACCUUACUAUAUACAUUCAAUUUAUAAUUUAUUAUUAUAGUUUUGCACCACUGCAAACCAACCACAAUAAUAAAGAUAACGUUAAGGCAUCUUUAACUAUUUCAAUCCAUUUUGAACAAUUGCAUUGGAUCUCGCCAGACAAGAUAUUUAGAAAAAAACAGCAUCUAAAUUAAAAAUUAAUAUUUUGUUUUUGUUUAUGAAAAGAUAAUCGGUGGAGAGGUACUGUCAAAAAAUAAUUCUUGGCAAAAAUAUACUAUUAUAACGGAACAGAGUAAAGGAGAGUUUAAAUUGCUCCUUGCAGGUUGCCAUCAACCACAUAAUGGCCAACUUUCAUGUUCUAAGGUGUGCACAGGAGAUGUGCAUGUGUUGAUUUGGGGUUUACAACAGGAAAUAACCCAAUUAUUCUAUCUAAACACUCUCCAUGUCACUUUCAUAUCAUGCUGUCUUUGUCAACAUUGCUUGUUGAAGCCUUGCAUGCCCUUUUGUCUCAGAAUGGUGCUUUUAUUUACAAAUACAUUUAUACAGUAAGAUGCAGAAAUAUUUUGACAAUGACUUUCUCCCCCCGAUAUUUCCGCUUUACGUCGUCACAAUGGUUUGUAAAUAUAAGUCAAGACAUAAUUAAAGUAUAAACU